AUGUUCAUCCCCAAGAUUCCUACCAAGGAUUCGCCUGAUUCUUUUGAAUUUUGGUGGAAAAUGGCCACCAGCGCAAUUCUAGUUCUUGCGGGGGGCGUCUUCGCUGGAUUAUCAAUUGGGCUUAUGGGGCUUGACGAACUUCAUCUUCGUGUGUUGGCCACCUCGUCAGAAGAAAAAACGGAACGGACAAAUGCACAAAUUGUGUUGAACCUCAUGCAAAGAGGCCGCCACUGGGUGCUGGUGGUGCUUCUUCUCAGUAACGUCAUUAUCAACGAGAGUUUGCCAAUCUUUCUUGAUAGCGCGGUGAGCACAUGCUCGGCAUAUGCCCCCUUUUGGCUCAGAGCAAAUAACCUUAUCGACACUCAGAUUGGAGGAGGUUUACUUGCUAUAGUAAUUUCAGCGACUGCCAUUGUUAUAUUUGGGGUUAUACCUCAAGCGGUUUGCGCGAGACACGGCCUCGCUAUCGGUGCACGAUUUGCGCCAUUUGUUCUUCUUCUAAUGUACCUCUUUGCACCCAUCGCAUAUCCAGUCGCAAAAAUUCUCGACCGUGCAUUAGGAGUUCACGAUACACACACCUACAAGAAAGCUGAAUUGAAAUCCUUUCUUCAAUUCCACCGUACUGGCAAAGAGCCUUUGCGUGAUGACGAGAUUGGCAUUCUCAAUGGCGUCCUGGAGCUCAGCAGUAAGAACGUGGAGAUGAUUAUGACCCCCAUUUGUGAUGUUGUCAUGUUGAGCUCGGAUACAAUUUUAGACCACGCCACUAUUGACGCUAUCCUCACUAGCGGCUAUUCUCGGUUUCCCGUGCACAAGCCAGGAAAUCCGUUCGCAUUUGAGGGCCUUCUUUUGAUCAAGAAGUUGCUGAUGUACGACCCCGCACGAGCACUCCCAGUCUCACACUUUCCUUUGUCCAUCUUACCUGAGGCCCUGCCAUCAAUCAACUGUUUCCAAGCACUCGACUAUUUCCAGACAGGGCGUGCGCAUUUAUUAUUGAUCAGUCGGACACCUGGUUCACAUGGCGGCGCCAUUGGUCUGAUUACUCUUGAAGAUGUUAUCGAGGAAAUUAUUUCAGAGGAAAUUGUCGAUGAAACUGAUCAGUACGAGGACAACCAAAGUAAACGGCAUGCUGAGCGUAUGAUAAAUGAUACUGUCAUGAGAGACAUUGUUGAACGGGAGAGAACUAUACUCACGCGUACAUCCACUAUUGAACCUACGCAGGUGGCUUCUGUGAAUAUUGAGACCGUGCCCCUCCUUCCUGGGUCAAGCCAGGGCGAGUAUCCUCAGGCGUAUCGUUAUGUUUACAAUUCAAUUGACGAAUCAUAA